CGCCCCCUCUUCCCGGGUCCCGGAGCAAAAGCUGGAGCGUAGCCUUCCGUGCUAGACCUGACCAUGGCUGCCUCUGCGCAUUCCGCGAGCAAGACGCCCUGGAAGACCUUGUCUGCAGAGGAACUGGAGAAGCAGUACUCACCUAGCAGGUGGGUCAUCCGGAUGAAAGCAGAAGAAGUCGUCAGCACCUUCGUGCAGACAGGAAUCCAGGCCACCAGGAAAGCCCGGGCCACCAGGAGAAACCAGCUGGAUGUCCCCUAUGGAGAUGGCGAAGGGGAAAAAAUGGACAUCUACUUUCCUGAUGAGGACUCCAAGGCUUUCCCCCUCUUCCUGUUCUUCCAUGGAGGAUACUGGCAGAGCGGAAGUAAAGAUGACUCGGCCUUCAUGGUGAACCCGCUGACAGCACAGGGCGUGGUCGUGGUGAUAGCGGCUUACGACAUUGCACCCAAAGGCACGCUGGACCGGAUGGUGGACCAGGUGACCCGCAGUGUUGCAUUUCUGCAGCGGCGGUAUCCGAGCAAUGAGGGAAUCUACCUCUGUGGACACUCUGCAGGAGCUCACCUGGCCGCCAUGAUGCUCCUUGCCAAUUGGACCAAGCAUGGCGUCACACCCAACCUCCAAGGCUUUCUCCUGGUGAGUGGAAUCUAUGACCUGGAGCCCAUCAUAUCUACCUCCCAGAAUGCCCCUCUGCACAUGACCCUGGAAGACGCUCAGAGAAACAGCCCACAGCGAUGCUUGGAGAUGGCCCCAGCGAGGCCUGUGGGUCCAGCCUGUUCUGUGCUAGUGGUUGUGGGUCAGCAUGAUUCCCCGGAAUUCCACCGACAGUCCAGGGAGUUCUAUGAGACACUGUGCCGAGUAGGGUGGAAGGCCUCUUUCCAGCAGCUGCGUGGUGUGGAUCACUUUGACAUCAUAGAGAACCUGACCCGAGAGGAUGACGUACUCACCCAGAUCAUUUUGAAAACAAUCUUCCCGACCCUCUGAGGACACCCGGUCUCCACCCUGUGUGUACCUCAGAAAACCUCCAGAAAAGAGGUGACUGCCACCUAAUGCUGGCUUGUCCGUCCACUGAGACAUUUUCCCUGCCCUGAACACAGCCUCCCUGUCAUUCUUCUCCCCACCUGGAUGGAGCUCCGGGGAGAGCCUGCAGAUUGUCACUGGGAUAUACACACAGCCACCAUCUGGCCAACUCUGCCUGCCUCCUGCUGACAGAGCGUGACACCGGCCUCUGGCCGGCUUUCUGUGUCAUUUUGCAGCAUCAGUGUGGACUGGCUGGGACUGGGGCUGCUACUCAGCUCCUGUCUCGCACCACAGAAGAGGGCGGAGUUGGGAGGGAAUGAAGAAUGAAAGAGACUAACCAA